AUGCCUCCAUUGCAAGAGACAUUCACAGCAGCAGCUGCAGCAGCGGGAUUAGCAGCACCAGCAGGCGCAGCAGCAGCAAGAGGAGGGGGAAACCCGUCUGCAUCAGGUGUAUCAGGAGGGGGAGGUCAAUCAGGAGCAUUUGCCGACUUCUCCCAACUUCAGUCAUCCCUCCCACCAGCAACUCAGCCUGCUCCAUCCAACCCACCCUCAAGCACCAACGCCCCUGCAGCUGCAGGCUGGGCCACCUUUUAA